AUGCUAAGGAAGUUGCUGCAUGCAGCUGCAACCAUCGUUGUCUUUGUGGCCCUCGCUACAAUCGCUCUUCAGGUCCUCUGCACGAAAGCCUACGCAGACGCUGGCAUUUUAACCCUAAAGUUCAAUUUCACAACUGCGCUCGCCGAUGUGCUUCCAUCGUCAACGGGUGCACUCCGCGACCGCGACCUACUCGAGGACCUCCAGGACGGAGCCAGAAGCGCUCUGAACGCAGCUGCAACCAGAGUCGCCGAUGCCGCUAGCUUGGCGGAAAGCGCAAUAAGUUCUGCGGCAGCCGCUGCCCCGAGCCUUGAGGAGUAUGUCCCUCGGAACUGCUCGCUGGGCACGAUGCGCUUCUGUGUCGGCUACAAGCAAGACGUGAACUGCUCCGACUUACCGCUCAAUCUGUCCAGCCUCUUGCCCGAGGGUGUGCAAGAGCUGCCAGGUCCUGUGCAAGACGCUAUACGUGACCGUGCAGAGGCCUUGUCGCAGCUAGCAGAGAGUUCGACUAGAUUUCCCGCAUUCUCCGUCCCAGCCACUUUGAUAUCUGGCUUGGUCUUGAUGAGCAUAGUCGCGACGCUCUCUCUAAGCUUAGCGUUUGGGCGGCCGCAGGUCGUCACCAGAGUCUUUGGCAGGCUCAAAGCUGUGCCCAGAGCGCUGGCUCUUCUGGCUCUGGGUUUGAUGUGCUGCUCUCCGUUCGUCUUGCUUGGAGUCAUUCUGGACAUAAUUCUCCGGGCGGCCGGUGAGCUGCCAUCGUGGGUGGGAGUGGAACUAGGUGAGGCUUGUCGUCUUGGCUUUGCCGCUCUCGCCUGCGCCCUGGUCUUGACGUUCAUCUCCGCUGCAGCACCGAGCGCCGCUGUGCAUAGGCCAGGAGAAGACGCCAAGGGCAAGGAGUGA